UAUAAUAACAAAACUUUACUACUUAAAUAAAUAAAAAAAUAUGUUUAUUAAGAUAAAGAAAAAAUAAUGGUAUAUACUUAAAUUAAGUAUAGACUAAAUAAAUAAAUAAAACAUACACCCACUUAUCUUAGGUCUUCCAGAUCAGUCCCUUGCGGAAGGCAUAAGGCUGGCCACAUUCCCACGCUGAAUAGCAUUGCCUAUUCUUUGGCCUAGGAAUGAGCCAGCUCUAGGGUCACCCGUAGUCUCAAUCAGCCUUUUUUAGGCCCUGAAUAAGUUUAUUGGCGUUACGACUCCAGGGCCCGGGGUCUUUACCGCGAACGCCGCAAAUAUGUGGUUGUUUGUAAGACCAGGAUAUUUGCGUCGCUUUAGGGUUUCGGCUGCUGGCGCUGGGCUGGUCCGCCGGCUCGCAUAGAUGUGGUGGCUAGAUGGGACGGCGCUGGUAUCUACAAUGUGUAGCAUCCCGUGGCUAAAGGCUAAACUUAUUUAGUUAAAAUAAUUUGCAAACUAAGAGAUUGUAUCUGGAUUCUGAUUGUACCUUUAACAUUUAAAUAAAGUGUACGCCCGAAAAGGAUCAAACUGUACUCAUCAAAAAAUGUACCUAGUCAUAUUCUUGUACCUACACAGCUUACAUACUAAUUUUUCUGAUUUCUGAUUGAAAUGACAUAAAUGGGACGGCAUUCAAACAUUUCAGUUCUCGGGAAAGUGAUGGUAAAAUUUGUUAAUAUGGUCAAUUGGUAAGUUCAGUGAUUCAAAUUCAAGUCGACCUUGCACAGACUACUGGGCGAUGUUAUUUUUAGGUGUCUCAGGUGUUUCAUAAGAAUCAUAAGAGUUCAGAACAUUGCAGUGUACAUUUAUUCGAUAGCGUAGAAACAGCGCGCCAAGCGGCACGUUUUGGAAAAACAAAUUCGCAUACAAAAUUUAAACUUAACGCAAACGCGUACGUCCCGUCACGCUAUCGAAUAAAUUUACACUAGGGGUACAGUAAAAUUGUAGGUAUGAUAUUGAUAGAAGUGGCGAUUAUUCUUUGGUUGCUUAUUUUUUCGUUAGAUUUCGAUAAAAUCUGGUAAAAAAAUCUAUCAAUAGACAGAGUAUAUCCUCCACCAUGCCCCAAAAAUUCUUCCACCGAGUUACGAAAAUGUAUAGUACUUUUCGUGUCCACACUUUACUUAAUUUUUUGUUCCAAAUUGGAUUUGUUGCGCGCAGAAUAUGGAGCUCUUCAAAUCAGCCAAAUUUUGAACAAUUCUAACGAAAACAAAUUAAAAAUCAGCCAUGUUAAAGUAUAGUCUACCGACAAAUUUGUUUGACUGACUAUAUAUAGAUAGAAACAAUAAGACUCGGCUUAUACAGCUGCUAGUCACGGUUAGUCACUUAAGAAAAUGUCAAUUUUCCAGUAUCAUUAACACAGAAUCGUAAGAAGGCAAGUAAUUAAAUUAUAAUUUAGUUUGCAACAAGGUACAGUCAAAUGUGGGCGUGUUUUGCUAAAAAUAAUCAAAGUAAAUAAAAAAAUAUUAUUUACAUAUUGUUUAGUACAAAAACAGCUGUUACAUUAUUGUACCUGUUUGUAUUUAUUAAUGAACGCAAUAAAAAUAAUUGGAAUAUUAAUGAAGAUAUUGAAAACAAAUGUUUUGGAGGGAAUUAACAAUAAUGAAAUUAGGAGUUCUCAACAUUUAUACAAACAGGUGCUGGCAACCCUCGCAUCAAGCCUUCUCUGCCUGUCUGCGGGCCUGACCAAUGGCAUCAGUGCUGUUCUCCUGCCGAUGCUGAUGCAAGAUACCUCCCUCUCGUGGGACUCAGGAUUUGGAUCUUGGUUAGCGGCCAUAGCUCCAAUUUCAUCGAUCCUGGGCUGCGUGUGCGUCGGGACGCUGCUGGAUGGCUUUGGAAGGAGGAAUGUCCAUAUCAUCCUGGCUUUCCCCUUUAUUGCAGGGUGGCUGGCUAUGGCGUUUGCUAAGGACUUCCCUACAAUGAUGGUUGGGAGGUUCCUCACUGGUUUAAGCUACGGCGCCAUCCGCCCCACCACAAUCAUCUAUCUGGGAGAAAUAAGCGACCCAAAAUACAGAGGCAUCAUACUCCUAUGUCCAUCUCUGGCUUUAAAUUUAGGAGUACUUCUAAGUCAUGUCAUAGGUAGUUUCAUUUACUGGAGGACAUCGCUUUUGAUAUGUAUCGCGCCCAGUGCAAUGUUGUUUCCGAUGCUCUUCUUUAUAAAAGAGAGUCCUUACUGGCUGAUAGCUCAAGGAAGGGUGGAGGAAGGUGUCGAAUGUUUUAGGUGGUUUAGAGGAAGUGGGGCAGCAGCAGAAAGCGAACUGCAAAAUGUGGUCGAAAAACAAAAAGGGAAAACGUCUAAAUUCAGUGUAAAAGAACUGUUUGAUACAUUACUUAGUAGCGCAUUUAUAAGACCAACUAUAACCGUUGUUUUCAUCUUCUUAACAGUUCAAAUGUGCGGUAUCAACGCAUUUCCGUUUUACGCUUACGAUUUAUUAAGAACUAUGUUUAGCGAAAGCCAUAUUGCUACAUUAUUUUUUAUAAUAGCAGUAGAUUUGAUAAGAGUAACGGUAAGUAUUGUAGUUUGCUUGUUUGGGAAGAAAAUGCGUCGGAAAUUGACGUUUGUGGCUGCUGCUUACGGGACAACUGUAAUUCUGUUCGGUUUGGUGGUUUGCGGGUUUUAUAAAAACUUAUUUAUACUGCCUUUAACACUUCUGGUGCUAUAUACUUCUUUAGCCAGCGCCAUAGCCAGUUUAGGAUGGACUUUUAUAGCCGAACUAUAUCCAACUAAGGUGAGAGGUAUAGGGUCUGGUUUAAGUGGUGUAAUAUGUUUUGGUUUACUCUCUAUAUGUGUUAAAUUUACCCCUGACUUGCUAUGGUCAGGAGAACCAGUGAUGUACGGUGUUUUUGCUUGUGUGACGGGUGUGAGUGCUGUUGUCUUGACGUUUAUAUUGCCUGAGACGAACGGAAGGAGGCUGCAGGAUAUAGAAGAUAGUUAUAAUAAGAAAGAUAAGGAUAUCAUAGUUACUCCAUUGUAAAUACCAUGUCAGAGCCGCUUGAGUUACCAGUAAUAAUGUACGAGUAUGUAAGCAAAUUAUAAUUACUCAAUUAACUCAAAUAAAGUACCUAUUCUGAUUACAGUGAUUA